AUGUCAGGUGCUCCUGGUGGAAAAUCCUUAGAAUUGAUGCAGCGGCGGAUGUUGAGUGGACAAGCUCCUGCACCAGCUCCAACAGCCCCUAGCGCUGCCCCUCUUGCCUCUACUCAACCCCCACAAACAACAGGACAGCAGCCACCUGCUCAACAGCCACAAGUUGGAGUGUUACAAGCCACCAAUCCAGCUCCACGGCCUGGAAAAUCUGCUGCUUCGCUAGUGGCAACCCAAGCAAGGGAACAAGCCACUGUAGCGCAACAACAACAACAACCGAAACAAGAACAAGCUCCAGCACCUAGUCCUCCAAAUGGUCGACCAAAAGGCAAAGACUUUGCUGCUAUGGCCAUGAAAUCGAGAAGCCCAGCACCAGCUCCAGUCGCGGCACCAGCAGCUCCGGCUCCGGCUCCAGCCAUUGCUCCGGGUGGAAGGCCGAAAGGCAAAGACUUUAGUGCCAUGGCUAAUCGUAUAGGAGGAAGCCAACCUCCCUCUGGAGCACAACCCUCGAAUUCGCACUUACCGCUAACGCAACGAAUUCAAUUUACUCCGGAGGAAGAUGAAGCUCAGAAAGCAAGAGCUCGCAAGAUGCAAGCGGCUGCUAGAGCAGCUGCUGGACUCCCUCCACUCGAAACUCUUACAGCCACUUCAGUAACUACUAUUCCUCCUCCCAUAUCACCCCCGAAAGCACAUACUAGACCCCAACCGGUGACACAAGACGCUCGACAUUCUCUUCAAUUUCAAAAGCAGCCACAGCAGCAGUACAUGCAACAGCAGCCGGUGCCCAACCGUCAUCAGCAACAGCAGCAAGCCAUGCGACGAACAUCUCCCAGCGCUAGAACCAAGGUCGAGCACGCAGCAGCUUACGCACCGCAACCUCGCAUGACGGCUCCACCUGUGGAAGUUGAGGGCCGGCUAAGCAAGGCUUCCAAAGGAAAGUCCGCGGCUGCGGCAAGAGCCAAUUCGUCAUCUCGUACUACUAGUAGUACGCCUGCAGAGAAACCAACCAAUGGAGCGCCGCACAUGGCACCUUUGUUGGGAGAUCGCAUUCAAGACAUUUUGAAUGCUAUUGAUCCAAAUUACGUCAUGGAAACCGAAGCUGAAGAGCAAGUGUUGCAAUUGGCCGAUGAUUUCUUGGACAAGGUGAUUCGACAGAGCCUGCGUUUAGCCCAACACCGCGGGAGCAAGUCAUUGGACGUUCAAGAUGUGCAAAUGAUUUUGGCAAAACACUGGGGAAUUGUUAUUCCGGGCUUGGGAUUACCCUACAUUCGUCCGUUCAAAGCUAGUAAACAGAGUUCUAGCAAGUCGUCGUCCAGCGGGGGACAGUCCAAUGCGAACAAGCGCAAGGGUCCUGCGGAUUCGGCACCUGGCAAUCGCAAGAAACCAAACAUGGCUUCUGCGCCACAGGCAAGCUAG